GAACACAAACGACUCGCACCCGUUCGCGUUUCGCGGAGUAAACAAAAACUGUAUUUGAGAUUUAUUUUAAUGAGAUUAAAACCCUAAAUUCAAAAGCCAUUCCACUGCAUACGUGUUCGCGAUAAAGUGCAUAAGCCUCCAAAAGUGUCAUUAGCUGUACAAAAACAAAUGCAAAUCGUUGUCGCACAGCAACCAACAAGCGUUAAAGUAACUGAAAAGCAAAAGAAAAAACUCGCGAAACCUUUUGCAUACACACAUGCAUAUUGGCCAGAAAUAAACGCGUAGUCUGUUUCUUAUGCCUGGCCCGCAUGACUAAUGAAACAGCUUUAAAACAACUGGCAUUAAAUUAAGGCUAAACACAUAAUCGGAUAGUCGAAGCACAGGCUCCCAAGGCGACUGACUAGGCGCCAGCUGGCACAUCGGCACGUCCAGAAAAAGAACAUACACUGUCCAACUAAUUGUUGUCAUAAUUCUUUUUUAUACGCAUAAUGUCAACAAAAUACAAAUUAAUUAUGAGCAAACACUAAAAAUAGCUAACACAACAAGAAGACAACAAGCCAGGCACAUAGUAAUUAUGCUUGACCCUGGUCCAACAAUAGCCACAGCCACAGCCACAAACAUAGCCCCAACGUCGACGACUUUGUCGCUGUCUUCAGGCUGACGCUGACGCGCUGCCUCAGUCGCUGCUUCAAUUAACAAAUUUACUCGCCAAGUUGACGUCGACGUCGACGCUGCGACUAGCUGCAGUCGCUCCACGUUUCUCGUGCCGGGCAUAGCAAGCGCUUUCCCUCGCAAAUAUAUAUGUACACGAAUUACUUGAAAUAGUUACUAGAUACGAAAGGAAAUACUCAAGAAACGUACAUUUGAGAUAUUCAAACUGAAACGAUCGCAAUGGUAGUUGGCAACUUGCACAAUACGCGCAUUUUGCGCUUUCUGCUCGUUCUGAUCGUUGUGAUACUCACAAUCUUUAUCUAUGCGUCAUACUCGACCACCGCAACGCUGACGCCGACGCACAUCCAUGUUGCCGCGCCGCCGCCACCGACGCCCCAACAGCUGACAGCAGCAGCAGCCGCCGGACAACAGCUGAAGCAGCAGCGGGCGGAGCAGCUGCCGGCAAUGGUUGUGCUGAAUAACACCGGCGAAUUUGGCCUCGCGCCAGCUGCAGCUGAGGCUGAGCUGCCGGCCGGCAGCAGCAACAAGGUCAGGAGCCAGGAUCAGCUGCAGCACAAAAAAGCAGCGCAGCAGCAGCAGCAACAGCAUCGUUUGCCCACCAUCGAUGAGGAUGCGCUGUUGGAUGGCGGCGCGGCGGGCGCCAGUCCCAGCCAGGCGGGCAGCGAGCAGGUGCCCAAUUUCGGCGACGAGCUGCUCGAAGAGCAGCAAUAUGUGCAAAAUAUUGAUACAAUUACAGGCAACAUCAACUCAAACAACAACAACAACAGCGAAUCUUUGGCUGCCAAACAGGCAGCGGCAGCAGCUGCUACUGGACAACAACAACAACUGCAGCAGCAGCAGCAGUCACCAUCGGACGCCGAGAUUCUGAUGAUACCCACUUCCAAUUUGCAAAAGUUCAUCGAGAACGCCGAUAAGAUAUUAAAGAACAUGACAUCGAACAGCAGCAACCCGGCGGCGGCGGCAGCGGCGGGAGCUGUCUCCUCGCCCAGCGAACAACGCACGGAUAAGACCAAUCAGCCGGGUCUGAUUGAGGACUUGCAAGUUAAUUUGCUGGACAACAACAAUGCGGCAGUUGGUUCGUAUGCUGUAAUGCCGGUGAAAACUGCGCCGGACGCGGCCGAGCAGAAGGAGAAGUCGCCUCCGGCUCCAAAACCACCAAUGCCAAAGGUGAAGGUUAACAGCAAGGCAGCAGCCAACGGUCCGGUGGAUCCGUCCAAGGGCAUUGCAGCGGAGAAGAUCUACGAAAGCGGCCAUCUUAAUGACGAAAUCGAUUUGGAACACCUCUGUCCGCUGAACGGCGCAACUAUCCGGCUGCUCGUAUUGAUCACCUCGGCGCAGACGCAUGCGGAUGCGCGCAUGUCUAUACGCCAGACCUGGGGACAUUACGGCGUACGACGGGACAUCAGCAUGGCGUUUGUGGUGGGUCGCGGCACCAACGAGACGGUGAAUGCGGCGCUUAGCCAGGAGAACUUCAUUUACGGCGAUCUGAUACGCGGCAAUUUUAUUGAUUCAUACAAUAAUCUAACGCUGAAGACCAUCUCGUCGCUGGAGUGGGUCGAUCAGCAUUGCCAGCAUGCCAAGUACAUAUUGAAGACGGACGACGAUAUGUUCAUCAAUGUGCCUAGGCUGUUGACUUUUCUGACACAGCUGGAAAAGCGUAAACAGAAGCGCGCCAUCUUUGGCCGUUUGGCCAAGAAAUGGAAGCCCAUACGCAACAAGAAAUCAAAGUACUAUGUAUCGACUGAUCAAUUUCCGGCGGCCGUAUUUCCCUCGUUUACCACGGGACCCGCCUACGUGAUGACCGGCGAGGUUGUGCAUGAUCUAUAUGUGCGCUCGCUGAAGACGGUCUAUCUGAAGCUGGAGGAUGUCUUCACCACGGGCAUUGUGGCCCAAAGCCUGGGCAUUGAGCGUUUGCAUGUGAACGAGUUUGUCAAUCGACGCAUCUCAUUUAAUCCCUGCAAUAUACGCAACGCGAUUAGCGUGCACAUGAUCAAAUCGAACGAACAGUUUGAUCUGUGGAAGAAGCUGCUGGACCAGACCACUAAAUGUAAAUAGUAUUUUAGGUUUAAGCUCUGAAUUUAAUGUCUAUGUUAAAUGUUAAAGCGUAUGGAUUAGCGAAAGAAAAGGCAGCUAGUGGCAGCAAAUAGAAAUACUUUAGUUUCUAAGUAUUAGGAGGAAUGUAUCUUAUGUAUCUACGCGCGGAUAACAUAUUAUUCGAUUUUAAUGUACUAUCACAUAUGUUUUUAAUUACGUUUUGUAGCCUAAUUUUAGCAUUAUAAAUGCCAUUAAUUAUCUAAUAAUUAGCUAUAACUGUGGUUAUAAGUAUGUUAACACAACACACAACACACACACACACAUAUUUAGACACAUAGUGCGUGGUAAACAAUUAAAAACAAUCGAAACAGUCUCAAAGAAAACUAUGGUCUAUGUGGUCAUCAAAUUAUCUGUGUUUUUUUCGAAAUAUAUAAAAGGCAG